AUGUAUGUCUUUGUUGUAUGUCUCACAGGCCAGACCCCCGUGUUCUCCAAAGCUAGAUACACGGUUAGAUCCUUUGGUAUCAGGAGAAAUGAAAAGAUUGCUGUCCAUUGCACAGUCCGUGGGGCCAAGGCAGAAGAAAUCCUGGAGAAAGGUCUAAAGGUUCGAGAGUAUGAGUUAAGAAAAAAUAACUUCUCUGAUACUGGAAACUUCGGCUUUGGGAUCCAGGAGCACAUCGAUCUUGGUAUCAAGUAUGACCCAAGCAUUGGGAUCUAUGGCCUGGACUUCUAUGUGGUGCUGGGUAGGCCAGGUUUCAGCAUCGCAGACAAGAAGCACAGGACAGGCUGCAUUGGGGCCAAACACAGAAUCAGCAAAGAGGAGGCCAUGCGCUGGAAGUAUGAUGGGAUCAUCCUUCCUGGCAAAUAA